UCCACUCAUAACGUUAUUUUAAAGCCAGCGUGAACUUAUACUGACGCCGGUUAAGUAGAAUGGAGAAAGAAACUGUUUUUCAAGGAUUUAUGUUGAUAGGGCUUGUCUCUGUGGUGUUGACAUGCGACCCAUACCGUGGACCGAUAGGAUCUGUCGUGUGUCGCAGAAGCGCAAAUUACGGGGGAAACUAUCAAUGGGAAACGUGUCUUACGAACGAAUACAUUCGUUCAAAAUCGAACAACACCCAGGGUUGUCAAAAUGAUUACCACGCAUAUUGUUCUUACUCAUGUAUGCAGGAAUUUUACGGCCAAGAAAAAGGCACCAUCCAUGGCAAAUGUGCAUGCAACCCUAAGGAUACGCCUCCGCAAAACCCUUCAUCGCUACCCGCUUGUAGAUACAGUCCAGGUGGAUUGCAAUGUAAAUGGUACCGCACCUGCCUUCAGGACUAUUUUUCUUGUUAUUCCAACAAACUAUCAGAAUUCUUGGGCUUUGCUGAAUCUUUUUGCCAAUUAUACGAGACACAUGGCACUAAUUUCAAUACAAACACACAGCAGUGGGUCGACAGCGUAAGGAAAUGCUUUGAAGUGGAAUUAUCCCCUCUGCUACGACCAUUCAACGAACCAAGUUGUACUGACAUAUCUGAGAACGCGUUUAUAUCACAAUCUGAAUGUUUUACUAGAUCCUUCAAGAAUGGAAUUUCUAAGUGCGAAAUUGGUUUGGAUGACUAUUUGAAGAUUUUUGCUACUUUGAAAUCAAACAUCAUGGCGAAUGUAAAUAUUCCGAGUCUGGACUUCUAUAACAGUUGCAACAACGUUGAUUAUUCAAAACUUGACUUGAUACAGGUUGUUAUUCCUAAACAACAGGACAAUCAAGACAUAAUCAAAGCAUCAGAAAAGCUGAAGGUAGCGUAUGAAAGAUACAGUAAGAUAAACAGAAAGGCUGAACAGUAUAUUUUCUACCCAUUUGUUCCUCAGUCUAUAGAUCGAGUUGAGCGCAGCGUUGGUGUCUCAGAAGAAACGACACUUAAAGUUGUGUUAAUUGACCGGAGAACAUACGACCUGAAUUAUGCUGGCGACAAGUUGAAUAAGUCAAACAAUGCUGAAUUCUUGGAUGAAAUAUUGGACGAUAUAGAAUCAGGGAAGUUUCAAUUCCGCAGUCCUUUUCAAGUUGAUGAAAUACGAUUAUGUUAUGAUUUUGAAUGCACCACAGUUACAAGAUUGGUAAAGCCCCCUCCUACAAGAAAAAACGAGGACGAAAAAUAUGUCACCCUGAAAUAUGUCGGUAUAGGCCUUGGCAUCGUGUUUGGAGUCUGUAUACUGGUUGGACUGGUGUUAUACUUUAGAGGUUCACCAAAACAGAAAGUUCAUGCUACUCCUGAAUAACCAUGUAAAUCAAACCAAUGGACAAGGCCGAUCCGCUGAUCGAAAACAUAAAAAAACCGUUUCUUACCAUGUCCUAUCAAUGACCAAUAGUGCCACAUGUGAACCAGCCUUGACCAGUACUGCAAACUGUGAACGAGCCCUGCGUUCUAGUAAGACAAGUCGCUCACAACAUCUAACUACUCCCAAGCAGUAUAUGUGAUACGAAAUAACUAGGCUGCAAAACAAAACAGUCGCCUGCUAGCCUCACCUUAACGUAGGACAGGUCAUGCUUUACAACAAAUUCAGAUUGUGUAUGCUUUACUUAAAAUUUAAGUGUUUAUGCAAUAUAUUUUGUACAUUUUACAUAAUCCUUAUACAUUGCGUGUAUAUCAACAUUCAAAAAUAUAAAGAUAGUGUAGAUAGUCAUAUUCCCUAUCCCACUUCCAUUGUUUA